ACGGGCGAGUGCAGCUUCCAUCGGCAGGCGGAGGCCAGGCUGCAGGCAUAUGCGAGUGCAGCCAGCGAGUGGACUGACUGAGGCCGGGAGUUGAGAGCGGCCCUUAGUCUCCCCUCUCCCUAAUCCCCCAGCUCCCCGUCCCCAACCUUCCCAGCAGCAAUACCCCUUUCCCUGACCUUCCCAGCAGCAAUACCCCUUUCCCCAACCUUCCCAACAGCGAUACCCCUUUCCCUGACCUUCCCAACAGCGAUACCCCUUUCCCUGACCUUCCCAGCAGCGAUACCCCGCCCCCAACCUUCCCAGCAGCAAUACCCCUUUCCCUAACCUUCCCAGCAGCGAUACCCCUUUCCCCAACCUUCCCAACAGCGAUACCCCUUUCCCUGACCUUCCCAACAGCGAUACCCCUUUCCCUGACCUUCUCAGCAGCGAUACCCCUUUCCUUGACCUUCCCAGCAGCAAUACCCCUUUCUCCCACCUUCCCAGCAGCAAUACCCCUUUCUCCAACCUUCCCAGCUGCAGUCUUCCCCAUCCUUCCCAGCACCAAUACCCAGUUAGUCAAUCAUCCCUGUGGCAAUACCUUCCAAAUUUCUCAGUGAUUGUAUCCCCACCACAGGACAAAACCCCAACCAUUCACCCCCAGCAGCACUAUCCCCCCACCCCAACAAACCACCCCCACAAAGCAACAACAACCUUCCCUGAAAACUCCAUCCCUAACCGGCAACCUCUAGGAACAGUGGACACAUCUUGCUCUUCUCGUUCGUUGAUGUGCAGUAGUGGACACCAGGAUCCCCAUGAUUUCACCGAGUGAGUGGCCUGAGGAGAAGCUGGAGACUGUUAUCCAGAAACUAGAAGACACUGUACUGAACCCAGAGUUGAGUGGAAAGGACAGGAGUCUGACUGUUCGUGGAGCGGGCGAGGGCACGACACUAACUACGGUUCCCGCUCGAAUCCGAGAGAUAGUUACCAAGAAUCUAACCGAGGAAAGAAUGGAAGGCCCACAAGAUAGGAGUUCCAUGGCCAGUCUCCGGGAAGAGAAUUCAGUGCUGCAGGAGGAACUGUCCCGAAUGGAAGACCUUUUGGCACAGAGUCAUGCUGAGCGUGAUGAACUAGCUAUCAAAUUCCGUGCUGUCAAUGAGCGGUUGGAGAAAUCACUCAAGGUUGAAGUUUCUGAGUGGGAGCAAAAAGGGACUGAGUCAAAGGCUGUAUCAGAUCUCCGCCGUCAAUUUGAGAACGAAGAAAGGGUUUAUAGGCGAAAGCUUCAGGCAUAUCAAGAUGGACAACAGCGUCAGGCUCAACUUGUACAAAAGCUUCAGGUUAAGGUCCUGCAGUAUAAGAAAAGAUGUGGUGAGCUGGAACAGCAGGUUCUUGAGAAGACCUCUGAGUUGGAACAGCAGAAAGUGUCGUUACAGACCCGUGUAGAGACAGUGGAAUCCUGCUUGAGGAGAACAGAGUAUGAGCACAGCACUGAACUGGAGACUACGCUCAUUCGCCUAGAGGAGGAACAGCAGAGAAGCAGCAGUCUAUCCCAAGUCAAUGCCAUGUUGCGGGAUCAACUGGAACAAGCCAGCACAGCCAAUCAGCGGCUUAGCGAGGACAUCCGCAAGAUCACAGUUGAUUUUGACAUAGCUAGGAAUGAACUGGAGCGGAGGGAAAUGAAGCAGCGGUGGGACCAGGAGCACUAUGGCUUACGCCCUUGUGGUGAACGUAGCAAACUGCUUGUCCUCUGGCAGCAGGUGACGACAGUCCGCAGUAACCUAGCUGACUUGAAGAGCGGGACAGAGCGGAGCCUCCUGGAGAUGAAGGCUGAUGUCACCCGUACAUCUCGGCGCCUGCAGACAGCCUGCUACAAUCUGGACUCCAACUUGCGCCUAUCUCAGGCAGGUGCCACUUCGAUGCUUGAAAAGCACACAGUACAAAGUGGACGGCUUGAACAGCAGCUCCGUGACAAGGUCAAGGAGAUGCUUCAACUGCAGAGCAAGUGUGAUGCAGAUAAGGCAGAGCUCCAUGCAAGAAUUCAUGAGUUAUCUGUUGUCAUUGAGAGGCUGAAGAUGCAGAAUGCUGAGAAGGAGAGGACAAUCAUGUCACUCAACCGGACUGUGGAGAAGUUGGAAUCGGGCAAAACUGAAAUUACAAGUGAAACCUUGGCAAAUGAAGCUCUAAGAACGGAGAUAGAAUCCUUGCAGCAAACCUUGCACAACAUUGCUCAGGUUGCUGCUGCUGACGCAGAGUCGACAAGUUUGUUGUCUCUGGGAGGGGCUGCUAAGGGAGCUGAGAUGGCUACUGGAAGGCUUGGCUCACCCCUCCUUUCACGGUCUCCGGCACUUAGCACACCUUCCCCUCGCAGGCACAGGUCACCGACUCGUUCCCAGUCACCGCUGCGCAGCAUGUCACCGUCACUUGGUGAUUCCACUUUGUCUGCAGUCCAAUCAGCCCUGCAGAGGCGGCAGCUCCAGGUGCAGGAGUUUUGUGGAAAAUUGGACACCGCUCAGGAUGCAGUCAGUUCUUUGAAGAAACAGCUGGGGGAGAGUGAGAGUGAGCGGAGGCAACUCGAGCAGAAGAUGAUGAAGCUGAAAGAUGAAUUGGAGUCUUCAGGCCGAGCCAAGGAUGAUGCCAAGAGGGAUUCAGUGCGCUAUCGAUCCUCCCUGGAAAUCAUUGGAAGUGAGAAAGGUAACUUGGAGAAGUUGGUACAUUCUCUGAACCAACAAAUCGAUAACUUGCAGAUGGACGUGGAGCAAAUAAAAACAAUGAAUGGUGACUUGCAACGCCAGCGAGCUCACCUGGAAGAUGAGAAAGAGGAGUUACACAAAGACAAGGAGCAAGCCAAGAAAGAAGUUGAGAGAGGGCAGAAGGCAUUGGAGCUGAUGGAAAGCAAGAACUCAACUUUGAGAAAAGAGUUGGUCAUUGUUAAAGAAGCCUUGAACAAAACUACAUUGGAGAAGGAAGUGUUACAGAAUGAGAAGGCUGACUUGGCUGAGGCUCUCAGCAAGGCUGAGCUGACUAAUGCAGACUUGGAGUUGUCCUUAAGUAAGCUGAAGACCGAAGAAGAUGCUCUGCGAGACACUCUUGCGAAGAUGAGCGCGUUAAAUGAAGGAUUAGCUCAGGAUAAAGUUCAAUUGAAUCGUAUCCUCCUGCAGAUGGAAAAUGACAGAUCGGCCCUGCAGGGACAGAAGAAAGAGAUUGAAAAGGCAAAGUCUAACAUCCAGGAUGUGUUGGUUCGUGUAAAGCAGGAGAAAAUGGAGCUGGACACAGAGAAACACGGCCUGGAUCAGUCUCUGCAGAUUGUGGAGCAAAGCCGUGAGCAGCUACAAUGCGAAAUAAUGAUUGUCCGACAAGAGAGAGACCAGUUCCAGGAGCAGCUUGGGCAGGUAAACAGGCAAAAGCAGGCUCUGAGUGAACAGCUGGCCCAAAUACAACGGGAUGUAGAACUUCAAAAUGAAGGACUCCUCCAAGCCAGCAAAGAGAAGGAGGAACUGCUGAAGGAUAAAGCCAAGCUGGUGGUGCAGCUGACAGCAGCUGAGAAAGAGAGCAGGGCUCUGGGUGAGGAGGUGGCUGGCCUAAGGGCAGACAAGGAAGCCUUAGAGACCAAUUUGUUUGAAUCCCAGCAGAUAGUUUCACAGCUGGAAACUCGAAAGGAGCAGUUAGAGGGACAGAACCAGACCAUCCUCCUUGCUGAGAAAUCACUUCUAGUGGAAAUUGACAGUGUCCGCAAGGAGACGGAACAACAGCUGAUCAACUUUGAACGGGAUAAAGAGCUGUUGCAACAGAAGCUAAAUCAAGUCGAGCAGGAGGCCAAGCUCUCGCUGAACAAUGAGAAACUGAUCCACGAUGAGGAUGUUGAACGCCUCCGGAAAGAAAAGGACAGCCUACGCCUUGAGCUGACCUCAGAGAAGGAUGCGGCCAUUCAACGCUUUCAACUUGAACGCGAAGACCUAGUCACCCGCUUUGAGGAGGAGAAGGAAGAGCUGAAUGAAGAAAUCCUCAGUUUACAAAGAGAGAGGGACGAGAGUCUGAUUCAGGCAGAGAGCCAGAAACAGCAGGCCUUGUGUUUCAAAGAAUCUGAGAAAAACAUCCUAUUGGAGAAACUCAAUCAGGCCCAACGUGACCUUGGCAAUGCGAACAUGGAAAUCGACCGGGUGAAACGGGAGUCACAUAGUCGGCAGGAGCAUGACAAGAACACCAUUAACAAUCUUAGUGCUGAGCUGAAGACCUUUCAAGGUCAGUUUGAGGAAGCUCUGACCACCCAUGAGAGAGAAAUCAAAAGUCUCAAUGAGCAGCUUAAAGAUGUAACACGGCAGAGAGAAGUAACUCUCAGGGAGAUGGAAGAGUUAAAGACACAACUUCGUGUGGUGGAGGAUACUCGGGAUGGAAUUCGUAAGGACCUGGUUGAGUCCCACAGGAAAGUCCGAGAGAAUGAGGAAGCUCAGGAAAUGCAACGGAAAGAGAGCCUGGAGCUCAAGCGUGUUCUGAAUGAUGAAAUCCGUGAAAAAGAAGCCAUCCAGAAUUCCAAUGAGGAACUCAGGAAUACCAUCAAAAAGAUUGAGAGUGAAAGAAUCAGCUUGAAGAGGACAAAUGAGGAGAAAGCGCAGAAGAUCAGCAUCCUGGAAGAAGCCAAAACCGCAGUUCAAACUGAGGCAGGAGAGCUGCGCUCCAACCUGCGGGAAGUUGAAAGAUCGAGACUGGAGGCUCGGAGAGAAUUGCAGGAGCUUCGACGACAGGUGAAGAUAUUGGACAGCGAGAAUGCAAAGAAGACCAAAGAAGUGGAGGAAUUGCAGUCCCAAAUGGCUAUGAACGAUCAGCGUGGGGAGGAGAGCAGGAAGGAAUCCUUCAUCCUGAAGCAGAAGAUUGUAGAGGCAGAAACUGGCCGUGAAUCAGCUCGCAAAGAGGUUGCCAACCUCCAGAAGAAGGUCAUGGACAUGGAAAAUAUGUUCAAAGCUCAUGAGAAAAAGCUCCUUAAACAGCUGGAUGAUUGCCAUGUGAAUGAGAAGAAAUUUCAAGAAAACAGUCGUAAUCUGGAAGUGAAACUGCAACAUGCCAAGGGGGAAGCAGAUGAGUUAACACUAAAGGUCAGUGCCAUGGAAGGCCGUGUAACAGGUCUAGAAACAGAACUGGCCAAAGUAGAGUCUGCCAAAAAGGAUAUGGAGUGCAAGUUGGGCAGUUUGUACUCCACACUACGCAGAACUUUGGGAAUUGGCCGAUCCGGAAGAACAGUCAGCCCAGGAUUUUCCAGCCGUAGCCCUUCUCCACGGAGACCCCUCUCUCCCACCAAAGGUUUUGACAACACUUACACCACUACCACAGAUGGACGGGGCAGUCCAAUCCCACGAACUGGAUCUCCGGAUCGGAGUCACUCUGACACUCCUGGCCGCUCUGUGUCACCUAGCCGUGCUGAACCGUACACAGCUGACAUCGAUCCUGAAAUUGUUAAAAGUGCCCUGCAAGAUUUCCUGCAGGAACUUCAUGACACGCAGAGGCACAGGGACGAAACUUGCCAUCAGCUGGCAGCCCUGGCACGGCAGCUGACAGAGAUGGAAACAGACCGUGAGCGGACCAGCGCACGUGUUCUGCAUCUUCAGAAAUCCUUCACUGAGGCAGAAGAAGGGAAGCGAGGAUUGGAUGGGCGAUUGAGUCAGGCCCAAGCUACACUCAUGCUGCAAGAAGAGACCAUAAGACGCGGAGAAAGAGAAAGGAAGGCCCUGGCGGAACAAGUGGUCGCAUUGGAAUGGAGCCUGCAGUCGUCCGAGGGCGAGAGGCGAGCGCACCAGGAGAAGAUCAAUAAGAUGAAGGCAAAUGAGACAAAGCUGGAAGCCGACAAACGCAAGCUGAAGGACCUGCUGGAAGUGUCUGAGAAUCGUAUUACCAAGUUGGAGCUCUCAUCACGUUCGUUAGAGGGGGAAAUGCAGAGAAUGCAGUUGACACUGAAUGACCGCGAGACAGAGGUCCACUUUCUUCAGGGCCGGAUAGAGAUGCUCCAGCGGCAAGUGGCUGAUAGUGAGACAAAGGCCACCGCCCUCCAGCUAACCCUCGACCGACUGACGAUGACCCUGGCCAAGACCGAGGAGGGCGAGAGCCACCUGAAGGACAAGGUGCAGAGUCUGUCACUGUCUCUCUCAGACAUGACCGCCAGUGCAGCGGUGCUACAGGAGCAGAUUUCUAAACUUCAGAAGACUCUAACGUCCAGUGAACAGGAUCGACGGCUACUUCAGGAGCGGCUAGACACCAUCAAUCAGAGAUUCUCGGAAACUAAGAAGAAGAACCAUGCUUUGGUGGAACGUGUGCAGUUCUUGCAAAAUGCCCAGGCAGAUCUGGAGCUGAGGUGCUUGGAGCUGGAGGGACAGAACCGGCAGCUCCAGGAGGCACUGCACCGAUGGCAGGAAAAUGAAAAAGGGGCCCUGAAACAGAUUGAGAAACUUCAGCAAGAAAAACACGUCUACCAGGAGCGAGUGACCAAUUUACAGAGAGCUGUUGCCCAAUUGGAGAAUGAGAAACGGGAGUUUCAACGUUCAAAGGUCCGCCUCGAGAAGGAGCAAUGUGCCCUGAAGAAAACCCUGGACAAGGUCGAACGGGAGAAGUUGAAGUCUGAAGAAGAUGCCCUGCAGCUCUCAGCUGAGAAGGGACAGCUGGAUCAGUCUCUCACUGGCGCAGAAAUGGAUCUCGCAGAAACACAAAGACAGAUUCAGCAGCUGCAGGGUCUGACAGCUGAAAUGGAGCGGAGCCAUGGCCAGCGACUGAUUGAGCUGACGGCCCGUCACCAUCAGGAGCUAGAGAAGGAAACCGAGCGCCUACGGAGUGCCCAUCAGGAGGCUGAGAGGACCCUGCAGGCCAGGGAACGUGCCCACAGGCAGCGGGUGAAAGGGCUGGAGGAACAGGUGGCCACCCUGCAGGAGCAGUUGGAUCAGGAGAUGAGACGAAGACAGGCCUACAUUGCUCAAAUGCUCAGGUCAGGUAAGUAGCAGCCCAGACUGGAUGGCAUGCCUUCAACUCAUAAAAAUGGAGCCAAUUUGCAUCCAUUGGACAACAGAGAGCUUACUGCACAUCCGAUAACGAAUCCUCACAAGACUUCUAACUCAAGAAGAGUUGAGUAACCAUCCUCUGGAAUACAAUCGCCUGUUUUGAACUGCAAAUCAGACAAACAAUUGACCUUAUAGAACUCUUCCUCGAACAACAUGAAAUGCCCAGUGAUGUGUAAGUGAGCAAUUCUUAACUGCAAUGCAAUUAUUGGUCAUAACAUCUUAAGUAGCCACUCCAUUUGUUCCAGUUUACCUAUUUUGCAUACCAAAGGGGAAUUCAAACCCCAUAGUAAGUGUAAGUGUUCCUAAUCCUUCUUACAUAUAACUUCAAUACUGUGAAAGACUGAAAGCUUGAAAUUAUCAUCUUGGACGGUGUCUGAAACCUCCUCAAAAGCCACUGACCUCUGCCUCUGUCAGAGGAGAGAUCCUUGAGGUUUUGGACACUGUUUUCCAAAAAAGUGUCUUUUUUUCUGCUGUUCCCUAUUCCCAUUUAAAGGGGAAGGGAUGUUUCAUAAAGUACAUGAUAAAAACGUACCAUUCUUAAACUUUACAGGCAUCCUGGAUUUGGAUUUUUGCGAGCUUGUACUAUUCCUAGCAUUAUUGAGAGCUUUCCUGUCUGUCCCAGAGAAGCUUAAUUGGAACUUCCUGAUGUCAUUUUGCAUCAGGCAAAUAGUCCUAACAUUCAACAGAAUAGGAGGUACAAUUUGUAUUGGGCUAGCUUUUACGGGCACUCCUCUCUUUCUCUCUCUCUCAUUCCCCCCUCUCUUACCUUUCUUCGCCCGCCACUAUCAAUCAGUUAAAAUAUUGGGGGAUGAUGCCAUCAGUGUGACACCUCUUCUACAAAUUUUUAGAUUGGUUAAGGAUGGCAGAAUGGCUAUCCAUUGGAUUUCACAAGCCCAUACCCCUCACCCCGCCUUCAAAUCUGCAGGAAUAGUUCAUAGAAUGCUGUGGAAGCAAGCCAUUCAGCCCAACCCAAACCCCCAGAUAGCAUCCCUCCCAGACCCACCUUAAUCCUGUAACCCCACAUUUCCCAUGACUAAUCCAUCUGAUCUGCACAUCCCCAGACACUACAGGCAAUUUAGCAUGGCCAAUCCACCUAACCUGCACAUCUUCUGACUGUGGGAAGAAACCACACAGGCACAGGGAGAAUGUGCAAACUCCAUACAUACAGUUGCCCGAGGGUAGAAUCAAACCCAGGUCCGUGACGCUGUGAGGCAGCAGGGCUAACCACUGUGCCACCGUUUCACCCACAGGAAGGGAUGUGUAGGUUUGUGAUUUGGUCUGAACAAGGUUUAUCAAGUUGAAUAGUCACUCUAAGGAGUUUAAAACGGAUGUAAAAUUGUCACCCAAUUAUAAUAUUCCAAAGUUCUGUCUAUUUUCAAUUGGUCACCUUGUCCAUUGUUGAUCACUCAUGGUCUUUUUCCUCCUUACCAUGCUGCGUCUCCCGCUCUAACCCUGUGUUUUACAAAACAGACAUAACUGAGAAGUUCUGCCUCCCUUCAGUUUCCUUUGCUGCUCCAAUAUUCAGGGUUUUGGACACCACUACCUAAUUACCAAUUUGGAUAAUUCUGGACGCAUCUCUGCUGAUAUUCUGUUCUUUCCAAUAAGGCCCCGUAACAAUGGAAUAACUCCUAAUGAGAGUUUACUGGUCAAGUCUGGUGGCACAGACUCUUUAGUCAAAGUCCUACCAUAUUGCCCUCCAGAAGCACUGGAGUCAGUCCUUACUGAACUGAGUUCAGUUUUACUCCAAUAUCCAGUCCACGACUGGCAGCUUUUAACUUUCGCCCUGUGCACAAACUGCUCAGAAGCAUUCAGCUCUAUGCAAUAAAAAUGGGGCCUUUGUAUGUGGGACCAUCUCAAAAAUUCCUAAUAUUAAGAAUAGAUACCAUAAGUGGAAUAGCAGAUAACCCACAGAAAAUCCUGUCCACUUUAUAAAAACAACUUCUCCACAGAGAAGAUUUUAACUGGUAAAUCAUAGUGUAUUUUUAUUGCUUUUUUAUGAGUAUUAACUUAGCCACUUGUUAAGUAGUUGUGUUGCUGUGAUACGUUUAAUAUACUGAGUAUGUACAGAUUGGGUUAUACUGUAUGUUAGAUGAUUUGAUCAUAUGUUGUGUUGGACUCUGAGAAGAAAUGUGGCUUAGACGCUGUAACUACCUGAAUAUAAUCCAAAGUAUGGAAAAGAAAAUUAAUAGGCAUUAAUGUGAAAUCUUUGUAAUUUGAUAAUAAUCAGAUUUUUAAAAAAAUAACAUGUUAUAAUGUGGAAUUAAUCAGAUAUGUGUCAGUUAUUCAGGGUAUUAAAUUCUUAGCAUUAGGUUGCCAUGGUCGGUAAAACCAGAUAAUAAACCUGUGUUUAACUAUUGGCUGACCUUAGCAAAUGACAUUUCAAUUGGUCACAGUUUUAAAGUAAAUACUAUGUACAUCCAAUUCCCUUUUGAAAUUUCACAUUAAACUUUCAU